GAGCAGAGCCGGGCUGGCCCCGUGCCAUGCAGAGGAGGAGCAGCGAAUCCCCGGAGCACAUUAAAAAGCGAGGCUUAGCGGCAGCCAGGGGAAGAAAACACCUCCAUAGAAGGCAGCGGAGAGCGGCGGCUGCAGCAGCGCCCGCAAAGCCGCUCGGGGGGCCGCGGCGGCGGACCCAAACUUUCCGGCGGCGGAUCGGGGGCUGGGCGGCUCGGCCGGGCCGGCGGUGGAUGAGGCUUUUUGGGGCGCGUCGCUGAGCCGCAGCCGCACGAUGCCCGGGGCCGCGCUGCCCAGCCUGCUGGCCUGGCUGGCGGUGCUGCUGCUCGGCAGGGCCCGCCCGGCCGACGCCUGCAGCUGCUCGCCCAUCCACCCGCAGCAGGCCUUCUGCAACGCCGACGUAGUGAUCCGAGCAAAGGCUGUCUCUGCAAAGGAAGUGGAUUCAGGGAAUGACAUUUAUGGGAACCCCAUCAAGCGAAUCCAGUACGAAGUGAAGCAGAUCAAGAUGUUUAAGGGCCCCGAUAAGGACAUCGAGUUCAUCUACACGGCGCCGUCCACAGCAGUGUGCGGGCAGCCUCUGGACACAGGAGGCAAGAAGGAAUACCUGAUUGCAGGUAAAUCCGAGGGCGAUGGCAAGAUGCACAUCACGCUGUGUGACCUGGUUGCCACCUGGGACUCACUGAGCCCCACCCAGAAGAAGAGCCUCAACCAGCGGUACCAGAUGGGCUGCGAGUGCAAGAUCUCACGCUGCCUCUCCAUCCCGUGCUUCGUCUCCUCCUCGGAUGAGUGCCUCUGGACAGAUUGGGCGAUGGAGAAGAUCGUGGGCGGGCGGCAGGCCAAGCACUACGCCUGCAUCAAGAGGAGCGACGGCUCAUGCGCCUGGUACCGCGGCAUGGCCCCCCCGAAGCAGGAGUUUCUCGACAUCGAGGACCCCUAAGCCAAGCGAGUGCAUUCCAGUAGCCAGUAGAAAAGCCCAGCAAGAUGUUAGACUGGUCCACGCCGACAUCGGGGCCUGGAGACAGCAUGAAAACCCACACAGCCCCGAGGGGCCGCAGGGCACGGAGCUGCCAUGUGUGCGUGGGGCGGGGGGGGGUCACUGCACCGCUCACACUCUGCACCACGCGCACCCUGCAGCAGGCAGGGCAGCCCCAUUCCCUGCAGGCUGAAUGCUGGUGAGCAGCAGCAGCUGUCCCCGGUCUACAGGGCCCCCACUGCCAACUGCAGCUGCCCAGCACCAGGGCCUUGCUGUCCCCAUCCCAUCCCUUGCUGUGGGUGCAGCUUGGCACCGACUGCUCCCACCUGCAGAAGGCGUGGGGCUCUCACCCACUGUAGCCCUUAGGGACGGGAUGGGGGUCACCCCUGGCCCCAGGGGGGAUGGCUGCAGGACACCGACCCCACACCCCCUCUCUCUGAGCCAUUUCCCCCCCACACACACGGCCAGCCCCGGCUCGGGACGUUUUCAUGCUUUGCGUCCCCAUAGGGUGACGAUGUGGUGCUGGACCAGUCUGGGCAACUUCGACGUGUUAAAGGAAAAAGUGAAAGAAAGAAAAAAAACAAAA